AUGGCCUCCGGGAUCGCCAGCAUGUCCUCCUCUCUUGCGGUGCUCCUCCUCGCCGUGCUGCUGCUCUCCCGCAGCGGCGUCGGCAACGCGGCGCGGCACCUGGAGGAGGCGGCGUACCCACCGGUGCCGCCUGUUCUCCCGGCACCUCUGCCCAAGCCGGACGUGACGCCGUCGUUGCCCGCACCGGAGGUGUUGCCGAAACCGGGGCUGCCACCGCUGCCCACACCUGAGGAGCAGCCCAAGCCGGAGCUGUCGCCUUUGCCCGCACCGGACGUGUUGCCAGAGCCGCCGUUGCCCGCACCCGACGUGCUGCCCAAGCCGGAACUGCCCACACCUGACGAGCAGCCCAAGCCGGAGCUGCCGCCGUUGCCCAAACCGGAGGUCCCGCCGACGGUGCCGGAGGUGCCCAAACCUGACGUGGAACCGAAGCCGGAGCUGCCACCCGUGCCCAAGGGUGAGGAGCCGCCGAAGACGGACCUGCCGCCGCUGCCAACAGGUGAGAUCCCACCAAAGCCGGUUCUGCCGCCUUUUCCUACAGGCGAGCUUCCGCCCAAGCCGGAGCCCGAGCUGCUGCCCAAGACAGACGAGCCACCGAAGCCAGAGCUGCCACCACUCCCCACCGGCGAGAUUCCACCGAAGCCGGAGGUCGAGCUGCCACCCAAGACAGAGGAGCCCCCGAAGCCGGAGCUGUCGCCACUUCCGACUGAUGACCUUCCAUCGAAGCCGGACGUCGAGCUGCCACCGAAGCCAGACCUGCCGCCACUCCCUACCGGUGAGCUUCCACCGAAGCCGGCGCAGCCGCCACUGCCGUAUCCUGCGGAGCCAAAACCAUGA